AUGCUCACUUUCCGCAAAGCAGCACUACUAGCCGUGUUCGUGCUCACUGCUAUCUACCUACUACACUCAUCUCACUCCGCGACCUCCACCGACCCGGCGAAGACUGCAGAGGACUUCAAAGCCGACUUCGAUGGAUUGACAUAUCCAGCUACGACAGGCAUACCUGCGAAUUCGGAUCCUGAAUCGAGACCGUAUCCUCCUCCCCGACAAGGUUCGAGUAAAAAGAACGACGCUCAACAGCCACUGACCGAAGUUGUCACCAAGGGACUACGUGAACAACUCCAAUACCAGUUCCCAUAUGAUAGAGCAGGUAAAUUCCCAGCAUACAUCUGGCAGACAUGGAAAUAUACUCCUGCGUCUGGUGACUUUGGGGAAAGCUUUCGGCCAGCAGAGGCAAGUUGGUCUGAACUGCAUCCCGGUUUCGUUCACGAAGUCGUUACGGAUGAGGCAGCUGUAUACCUCCUGAAACAUCUCUACGCCUCCGUGCCGGAAGUGCUUGAUGCAUAUGAAUCACUUCCAUUGGCCGUCUUGAAGGCCGAUUUCUUCCGCUACUUGAUCCUCCUUGCGCGUGGCGGCAUCUACACCGACAUUGACACAACGGCUCUUAGAUCGACGACGGAUUGGAUUCCUGAAGAGGUUCCCCGAUCUUCGAUUGGCCUGAUCAUUGGUAUCGAAGCCGAUCCAAAUCGCACAGACUGGAAAGAUUGGUACUCCCGCCGUAUCCAAUUCUGCCAAUGGACCAUCCAGGCCAAGCCGGGCCAUCCGGUGCUCCGGGACAUCGUUGCAACCAUCACCGAGGACGCGCUUCGAAUGAGGAAGAAAGGUGUGCUCAAAAUUAACAAGUUUGACAAGAGUAUUGUUGAAUUCACUGGGCCGGCUUUGUGGACAGAUGCGGUAUUCAGCUAUUUGAAUGACCCUAAUUACUUCAAGAUGGAUGGGAAGAACAUCACAUGGGAGGCCUUCACGGGUAUGGAGACUGCGAAGAAGGUGGGGGACGUCGUCGUUUUACCAAUUACGAGCUUCAGUCCUGGUGUGCAGCAGAUGGGUGCAAAGGAGCCGGAUGACCCGAUGGCCUUUGUGAAGCAUGAUUUUGAAGGCACAUGGAAGCCUGAAUCAGAAAGAAUACAUCCUGAGCGCGAGGGCUAG